UCAGGGGCGUGUUACUGAUGAUGCUGCUUCUAUAAACACAGCACAACACAAUUACACAGCAGAGAAAAGUUCAGACACAACGAGAGAAGAGGAAUUAGAGACGACUGCUUCGUACAGUAUUCAGUGGUCAUGGAGAGAUUGUCUACAGUCAGCCAACAUGUCCGACAGAAGCAUCAUGAAAAGAAAAAGGAGAUGGAUGACAAACAGAAUAGGAAACUACCUUUGGAGCAGGGGACCACAGAUAAGGAUCAGAAAGUGAUGGCAGUAGAAGCUUUGGAGAGGAGGAACAUCUGGGAACCGAGUGUUUACUACACGCUGGGCGAGGAGUCUUUUUACAUUGCUGGUCAUGACAUCACCAUCCGUGAAUCUAUGGAUUCUUAUGGUGCUCUGAUCUGGCCCGGGGCUAUAGCUUUGAGCCAGUUUUUGGAGAAUAACCAGCAACAAGUCAACCUGAUGGACAAAUCCGUUCUGGAGAUUGGAGCUGGUACUGGCUUGCUCUCAAUAGUUGCCAGUCUGCUUGGUGCUUGGGUGACAGCUACUGACCUGCCAGACAUCUUGUCCAACCUGACCUUUAACCUUCUGCGGAACACCAAGGGCCGGUCCCGCUACACCCCUCAGGUGGCUGCCCUUACCUGGGCUCAGAACCUGAAGAGAGACUUUCCCUACCCGUCCUACAACUAUGUGCUUGCAGCUGAUGUGGUCUAUCCCCACGGCUGCCUCGAAGAACUGCUGGAAACCAUGCGUCACUUUUGCCAACCAGGAAGUCGAACAACGCUGCUGUGGGCCAACAAGAUCCGGUUCCAGUCAGACUUAAGGUUCACAGAUUGUUUCGAGAGCAGUUUCAACACCACACUGCUCAUAGAGCUCCCACAGCAGGAGGUGAGGAUAUACAAGGCCACAGCCAAGGAGUGACAGAGGAGCCUGGAGGGUUUGUGUUUUGUGUUGUGAG